UAUGAGCUCAUCUACUGGCCUGGCAUUCCCGGCCGCGGCGAGGUUGUCCGGCUGCUGUUUGAAGAGACGGGCACGCCCUACAUUGACGUGGCAAAGGGCAAAAAGGCAGUCGACGCAGUGUGCGCGUACUCUGACCUGAAGAAUGUCGGGGACGACAAGAACCCGCCCAAGUUUGCGGCGCCGGUGCUGAAGCACGGAGAGCUGGUGAUUAACCAGCUGCCCAACAUUCUGCUGUACCUGGCGCCGAGGCUGGGGCUGGGGCCCGCCAGCGGGGACGGCGUGUACCACCUCAAUGAGAUUGCGCUGACGAUUCUGGAUGGGUUUUUGAAUGAGGUGCAUGAGACGCAUCAUCCGGUGGGGACGGCGGCGUAUUAUGAGGAUCAGAAGGACGAGGCCAAGACGAGGAGCAAGGCGUUUCGGGAGGAGAGGCUGCCAAAGUAUAUGAAGUAUGUGCAGAGGGUGUUGGAUGGGGAGAGGAGUGGGGAGGGGGGAUGGCUGUAUGGGGGGGAGUUGACGUAUGUUGACUUGGUGCUUUUUCAGUGCCUUGAUGGAACAAAGUAUGCGUUCCCGAAGACGGUGGAGAAGUUGAAGGAAGGAGGAAAGUAUGCUGGUGUGUUUAAAUUGUAUGAUGCGGUCAAGGAGAGGCCGAAUGUCAAGGCGUAUCUGGAGAGUGAUAGGAGGGUGGCUUAUGCGGAUGGCAUUUGGCGGCAUUAUCCUGAGUUGGAGGAGGAUGAG